AUGGCUGAGGAUACAACCGUCAAACGGACACGUGCUUCCGGAGAAGUGCUUGAUUAUCUUCUACGAGAGUUCGAGAACAAUCACAACCCCAGCCCAGAGCUGCGGAAGGACAUUAGUGACCGCACAGGCAUGUCCGAAAAAGCGGUGAGAAUAUGGUUCCAGAAUAGAAGGGCCAAGCUCAGAAAGUUUGAAAGAAUGGGCAAGCCUGUUAAUCUGCCUGCGUUAAGCAGUCCUGUCAAUGGCAUCCCUAGUGGCCAGCGUUCUUACGCCAAUACCGCCAGUGGUCACUCGUCCAGAUCCAAUCUGCUCACGAAUAUUUCUGCCUCUGGUUUACGAAUGCAGAGCAGCAUCCCCAUCGAGCUCAACGAAAAGUACUGUUUCAUCGACUGUCUGUCUCUAUCUGUUGGCUCAUGGCAGCGGAUAAUCUCUGGCCAUCACGAACCACAGGCUCUCCACCACCAAUUAAUUAACUUGUCUCCUUUCACGUUGAACACAGUGAUGAACAAUGUGGACUUGAUGGUGAUUUUAUCUCGCAAGAACCUAGAGAUCAACUAUUUCUUUUCGGCAAUCUCCAACAACUCCAAGAUUCUAUUUCGGAUUUUCUAUCCAAUCUCCUCCGUGAUCUCAUGCCUGCUAUUGGACAACAACAUCAACAAGGAAAAUAACGAGUUGCGUCUCAAUCUUUCGCGCAAACCUAAGUUCUCUGUCUAUUUCUUCAAUGGUGUCAACGCUAACUUGAAUCAGUGGUCAAUCUGCGACGACUUUUCUGAAGGGCAACAAGUGAGUUCAGCCUACUAUGCCCAAGGUGGAACAUCUACACCCCACGUGUUGGUUGGUGUCAAAAAUUCUCUACAGUUUUUGAACACCUUUAUCACGGAAAAUAACCAGCUUCAGCACCAGCAUUACGUGCCAGCAUCUUCCAACUUAACGUCAAAUGACACCCCUCAGUCAUCUUACUCAGUUGCUGGUGAUCUUCCAGUCAACAACAUGAUGCCUGAUUCCAAAGAUUUCAUUUUGGACGAGGAAACAGCAAACAACGCCAACUUUCAAAUCAAGCAUGAGCGCUGGGAGGACUCUCCUCGUAGUGAGUUGGAGUAUCGCAUGAAGGGCCUUUCACCCAUACCAAACUUCAAUGGAAACUCUCCAGGGUCUCUGGAAAGCCAUCACUCUCAUUCCAACAAAACUUAUACUAAUGGCAGAACCAAACUGUCUGCUACAGACAUUAAUAAGAAAGAACCUGGCCAAUAUGAAGAGAUGUUUGGCUCGGCAACUUCAGAUUUUUUCAGCACUGUGCAAACGCCGAACUCUAAUUUAUUGAACGCUGCCGUGGCCAACCGUGACAAUGAAAACCUCAUCAACAGCCCCUCUACGAAUAUGCAAGCUUAUGGAAAUAACGAGUUCGAUAAGCACCACAGUCCACGAUCAGAUGCCAACAAUCUGCUGGAAUUGAGGUUCCGCAGAGGGGAGCAGGAUUUGAAUUUUGAUGGCUUGAGUGAUACACAAGGGAUUUACAACGCUGGGAGUGGAGAACCAGCGUAUGAUUUUGACAUUCAACAGGAGAAUUCCGGCGAUUUCCAGGCCAGUGAUCUCAUUGUCAACAGUCCAGCCGUUUCGAACUCUGCUGGUACACCAAAUGCUAACGGCGCACUGGUGAACCACGUGGACAAUUUCAUCGACUACAAUGCUCACUAUUAG